AAAGGAAAUUGACUUGACAAGUAUCAACUAAGUAGGUUCAGUCUUCAGUAGAAAAAAGAAGAAAAAGAAGCAAAAAAUAUAUUUCAUUACAUCGAGAGUGUUCAAUAUCCUCCAAUACGAUUCGUGGCCCAUCAAAAAAACAUCAAAUGUUUUAGAUUCGGUGUUAUAAAUUCCAAAAACACUCCCAACCACAUGCUGGUAGUAUGAAUUCCGAAUCGGAAUUCUCGGAUGAGGACCACGGUGACUCGCAUCGGUCGCUACUCACACAUUUGAGUUGCGAAAAUGACAGCGGCAGCGAGGAUACCUGCACGGAAAUCCUAUUGCCGGAAAACGCCAAUAGUCCCGAAACGGAUGACUUUGUGUACAAGGUCCUUUCGGUGGAGCAGAUUGUCCAGCAUCAGCGUAACAUCAUUGAUGAGGUGAAUAAUGUCCUGAAUUUGCCACCGCAAGUCACGCGUAUUAUUCUAAAUCACUUCAAAUGGGACAAAGAGAGCUUGUUCGAAAAUUAUUUCGAGAGCAAUCCGCAGGAUUUCUUCCAGCGUGCCCAUGUCCUGAAUCCUUUUGAGAAGAAGCGUGAACUCGAGUCUGCGGCGUCCACAUCCUGUUCCUUGCCGCAGCUCUGUGGCAUCUGCUUUUGUUCAUGCGAUGAGCUCAAGGGUUUGGGUUGUGGUCACAGCUUUUGUGCCGCCUGCUGGAAACAAUAUUUGGCCAAUAAGACUUGCAGCGAGGGCUUGGCCAAUACCAUCAAAUGUCCAGCGACCAACUGCGAGAUCCUGGUGGAUUAUGUGUCCUUCCUGAAGCUAGCCGAUGAUCCGGAGGUUGUGGAGCGCUAUCAGCAGCUCAUCACCAACACCUUUGUGGAGUGCAACAUGCUGAUGAGAUGGUGCCCCGCCCCCAAUUGCAGCCAUGCCGUCAAGGCCGUUUGCGCCGAACCACGAGCAGUCCAGUGCAAAUGUGGCCAUGAGUUUUGCUUUGCUUGUGGCGAAAAUUGGCAUGAACCCGCCAGCUGCAGUUCGCUGAAGACGUGGGUGAAAAAAUGCCUUGAGGACUCGGAGACUUCGAAUUGGAUUGCGCAGAACACGAAGGAGUGCCCCAAGUGCAAUGUGACCAUCGAGAAGGAUGGUGGUUGCAAUCACAUGGUAUGCAAGAAUCCAUCCUGCCGCUAUGAUUUCUGCUGGGUGUGCCUGGGAUCCUGGGAGCCGCACGGCUCGUCCUGGUACAGCUGCAAUCGCUUCGACGAGGAGGAGGCCAAACAGGCCAGAUUGGCACAGCAGAAAUAUCGCUCCUCGAUGGCCCGAUAUCUGCACUAUUACAAUCGCUAUAGCAACCACAUGCAGAGCUUGAAACUGGAAAAUAAAUUGUACUCCAAUAUUCAGGCCAAAAUGGAUGACAUGCAGGAGGAGAUGAGCUGGAUUGAGGUACAGUUUCUGCGCGAUUCCGUCGAUGUCCUAUGCCAAUGUCGCACCACUCUGAUGUACAGCUAUGUGUUCGCCUUCUAUCUGAUGAACAACAAUCAGAAGAUCAUAUUCGAGGAUAAUCAAAAGGACAUGGAAAUGGCCACCGAGAAGCUCUCCGAGUGCCUGGAGCGAGAGAUCACUGUGAAGAAUAUCUACGAAGUUAAACAAAAGGUCCUGGACUUAUCGCACUAUUGCCAAAAACGACGACAUGUCCUUCUUUGCCACGUGAGGGAGGGUUACGAAAAUGACUGGUGGGAAUUCAAAGAGGAGACUACCACAUAACUCGUAUAAUCCACAAGACACCUAUGGUCGAGACACAUGCAACACAACAAAAAUGGAAAUUUAUACUGAAGACUUUAUAAGAAACACACACAAAAUGUCUUUCGGUUUCCACUGCUCGGGUUGAAUUGAUUUCAGUUCACUCGACAAAGAUUUUUCAAAAUUUUACAGUUUUGAUACAGAAAGAGAAAAAUAUAUACCAAAUAUAACACCAACAA